CGCGCUCGCUCGCUCCCUCUCCCUCUCUCUCUCUCCCAAACACACGCACCAGGCUCUCCCUCGCUCGCCCAUGCAGACAGCAGCCGGAGCGGCGGAAGAUGGCUGACUCCACAGGGCAUCACCCACCCUCCAGCCCGCCUGCAUCCCCGACCCUCCCCGCGCCGUUCUCGCCUCCGACACUCCCUCACGCCAGCUUCCACCGCUGAGCCAGCGACCCCCGCCCAGCCCCGCCGCCCUCCCCACUUCUGCUUCCCAGCCCCCCCACGACACCAGCAGCCAUUUCAUCUCCACCAGCCAGACACAAAAAAUGGCAGAAAUGGAGAAAGAAGGGAGACCUCCCGAAAAUAAAAGAAGCAGGAAGCCGGCUCACCCGGUGAAAAGGGAAAUCAACGAGGAGAUGAAGAACUUUGCAGAAAACACUAUGAAUGAGCUCCUUGGCUGGUAUGGUUAUGAUAAGGUUGAAUUGAAAGAUGGAGAAGAUAUUGAAUUCAGGAACUACUCUGCAGAUGGGGAGAGCCGGCAGCACAUUUCUGUUCUCAAAGAAAAUUCUUUGCCAAAACCAAAAUUACUUGAGGACAGUGUUAUUUCACCAUACAAUAUAAACACAAGCUAUCCAGGGCUUGCCACAGGAAAUGGACUUUCAGACUCACCAGCAGGGUCAAAGGAUCAUGGGAAUGUACCCAUUAUUGUACCAUUAAUUCCACCACCUUUCAUAAAGCCACCAGCAGAAGAUGAUGUGUCAAAUGUACAAAUAAUGUGUGCCUGGUGCCAGAAAGUGGGAAUCAAGCGCUAUUCCCUGAGUAUGGGAAGUGAAGUGAAAUGCUUCUGCAGUGAGAAGUGCUUUGCAGCUUGCCGAAGAGCAUACUUCAAGAGAAACAAGGCUAGAGAUGAAGAUGGACAUGCUGAAAAUUUUCCCCAGCAGCACUAUGCUAAGGAAACUCCAAGGCUUGCCUUCAAGAAUAACUGCGAACUACUUGUAUGUGACUGGUGUAAGCACAUAAGACACACAAAAGAGUAUCUGGAUUUUGGGGACGGGGAACGAAGGCUUCAGUUCUGCAGUGCAAAAUGUCUCAAUCAGUACAAAAUGGACAUUUUCUACAAAGAGACACAGGCCAAUCUUCCAGCUGGACUGUGCAGCACAUUACAUCCUCCAAUCGAAAAUAAAGCAGAAGGGACUGGGGUACAGCUGCUGACUCCAGAUUCUUGGAAUAUACCGCUAGCAGAUGCUCGGAGAAAGGCCCCAUCCCCAGUGUCUGCAGCUGGCCAAAUUCAAGGCCCUGGACCAUCAGCGUCUACCACUGCCUCUCCAUCUGACACUGCCAACUGCUCUGUCACUAAAAUCCCCACGCCAGUUCCCAAACCUAUUCCCAUCAAUGAGAAUCCAAAUAUUCCACCAGUUUCUGUUCAGCCACCUGCUAGCAUUGUGCCUCCAAUUGGUGUCCCACCUCGAAGUCCUCCCAUGGUGAUGACAAACCGGGGGCCAGUUCCUCUGCCCAUAUUCAUGGAACAGCAAAUUAUGCAGCAGAUCCGUCCACCAUUUAUUCGAGGGCCGCCUCAUCAUGCCUCGAAUCCUAACAGCCCUUUGUCCAAUCCAAUGAUUCCUGGAAUUGGUCCGCCACCAGGUGGUCCCAGAAAUAUGGGUCCCACCUCCAGCCCCAUGCACAGGCCAAUGCUAUCACCUCAUAUUCAUCCCCCAACAACACCUACCAUGCCUGGCAAUCCCCCAGGGUUACUACCGCCUCCCCCUCCAGGAGCUCCUUUACCUAGCCUUCCCUUUCCCCCUGUCAGCAUGAUGCCAAAUGGUCCUAUGCCUAUGCCACAGAUGAUGAACUUUGGAUUGCCAUCUCUUGCCCCACUGGUGCCACCCCCAACCCUCUUAGUGCCAUAUCCUGUCAUUGUUCCUUUGCCUGUACCUAUCCCUAUUCCCAUUCCCAUCCCUCACAUCAAUGAUUCCAAGCCCCCCAAUGGCUUCUCCAGCAAUGGUGAAAACUUCAUUCCAAGUACCUCCAGUGAUGCAGCCGGGGCAAAGCCAACAAAUAAUUCUACGUCCCCUAGAGAUUCAAAGCAAGGGCCUUCUAAAUCCUCCGACUCGUCACCUAGCUGUUCGGGCCAGUCCUUAAAUCAAGCUCAAGUGGUUCAGGAGCAUAGUAGAAAUGAAGUUGUUGAUUUGACUGUCAGACCUAGUAGUCCAAUGAACAGUAAAUUUAGUUUUUCCAGUGUACUACAGGGUCCACAGGAUGGUGUGAUAGACCUAACUGUAGGGCACAGGUCUAGGCUACACAAUGUUAUCCACAGGGCUUUACAUGCUCAAGUUAAAGUUGAACGUGAACCUAACAGUGUUGUAAAUUUGGCUUUUAGUAGCUCAGAUAAAAGGAACUGCAGCAACUGCAGGGACAAUUGCAGCCCAAUUGAAACAAAAAUGUUACCUUGCAGCGACCCAGCUCACUGCGGUCCUGUCUCACUGGCCUCUGGCACUUCAGGACUAGAAACUAGUGCAGCAGUUUGUAAUGUCAUUGUGAAUGGCACAAAGAGCACAGAGGGUUCUAAGAACUCAGAACAAUCCCCAGAGCAGAAAAAGCCUCAACCGCAAGAAGAGCCAGCAGUGAGUGAGUUGGAAUCUGUUAAGGAAAACAACUGUGCAUCAAACUGCCACCUAGAAGGAGAGGUUGGCAAGAAGAUUGGGGAAGAGCCCCUCACUGGGGGAGACAAGCAAGACCCCAACCUUAACAACCCUGCAGAUGAGGACCAUGCAUAUGCUUUGCGGAUGCUGCCCAAGACAGGUUGUGUGAUCCAGCCUGUGCCAAAACCAGCAGAAAAGACUGCUAUAGCACCGUGUAUAAUCUCAACGCCAAUACUCAGCACAGGGCCAGAGGAUCUGGAGCCACCAUUGAAAAGGAGGUGUCUCCGAAUUCGAAAUCAGAAUAAGUAAAGGUUUGUGUAACCACUACUGCCUUCUGUGUGAAUAGAAUGAAUAUCAGUGUUUUCAGGUAUCAGUCAAACUCAUAUGGAUAUGGCUUUUGUAAACAAAGAUAGAGAUUCCAAUUUAUUAACAAAAAAAGAGAAAAUA